AUGACUUCAUCAAACUUUGAAAUAAAUGAUGACAUACUUGAUUUUGUAAUCAAGAAAGCAAAUGGAAUAAAAGGUCUAGUAGACAGAAGCCUUGAAAUUAUCCCAAAUCAAUGUAUUCAACCAAAAGAACACAGACUAGACAAAUCCCAAAUUGACAAUCAAGAAUCAAUCCCAACAAUUGAUUUAUCGAAUUUUUAUGAUUUGAAUGUUGAAAAGUCAAUUCAAGAAGCAGCAGCCAAGUGGGGUUGCUUCCAAAUCAUCAAUCAUGGGAUCCCAAUUGAAGUUCUUGAAGAUUUGAAAGAUGCAGCACACAAGUUCUUUGAAUUGCCAGCUGAAGAAAAAGUUAUGUAUUGUAAAGACAAUUAUAGUGCUGGUGAAUCUGUCUUGAUGUUUUGGAGUGCUAUUGGUGAGAAAAAUGAAAAAGUUUUGGAGUGGAGGGAUAGUAUAAAACAUGGUUGUAAUCCACAAAAUGAUAGCGAUAUUUGGCCUCCUCAAACAAGGACUUGGUUUGACCAGGGGAAGAAGGGUAGAGAUGAGGGUGCACCAAUUUUGAGUUGGGCUAUAUUUGAGGAGGCUUUCUUGGGGCGUUUCUUUCCCCGAGAAUUAAGAAAGGCUCAGGAGGGCAAGGUGGCUAUGCUAAUAGGGGACAUGGAUAUAGCAAGGUUUGUGGUUUAUGUGCAACAGGUUGAGAAAGAUAAGUUGAGGGAUAGGGAAGAGUUUAGGAACAAGAACGCGAAAACAGGGAAUGAGUCCGGAAACAAAGAUGAGUACAAUAGUCAAAAUUCCCAGCACUUCAGAGCUAGACCUGCACAAUCACAUGGUAGUAUGGCACAGGGAGGUAACUGGGCUCAUGAAUAUGCUAAGUGUGGUAGGAACCACCCAGGUGGAGGAGCAAACCGUCUUUAUGCUAUCACAAGUCGUCAAGAGCAUGAGAAUUCUCCAGAUGUUGUCACUGUCCUUCCUGAGAACUUUGUGAGCCCUUUUGUGUUUCUACACCUGUUGGGGUGUCUAUUCUAG